AUCUCGCCUUGUACUGGUGGGAGGAAGUAUCAGAUGCAACUGAGAAUACAAAGUCUAAUUGGCAGCAGAGCUGAGAUGAGCUUAAACAUUUGUAUCUGGAAUUCUUACCACCCACACUGAGUGCAUGGAGAAUCGCAGGAACGUGACCGAGUUCAUUUUAAUUGGUCUCACACAGAACCCUGGGAUGCAGAGAGCCGUGUUUGUGGUCUUUCUGGUUCUGUACAUGAUCACGCUUUCCGGAAACCUGCUCAUCGUGGUCACCACUGUCAGCAGCCAGGCUCUGAGCUCGCCCAUGUAUUUCUUCCUGAGCCACCUUUCCUUGAUAGACACAGUUUAUUCUUCUUCUUCAGCUCCGAAGCUGAUUGUGGACUCCCUGCAUGAGAAGAAAGUCAUCUCCUUUAACGGCUGUAUGGCUCAGGUGUACGCAGAACACAUUUUUGGUGCUGCCGAGAUCAUCCUGCUGACGGUGAUGGCCUACGACCGCUAUGUGGCCAUCUGCAAACCUCUGCACUACAUGACCGUCAUGAGCCGCAAGCUCUGCGUUCUCCUUGUGGGGGUGGCGUGGACUGGAGGAUUUCUGCAUGCAACUAUUCAGAUCCUCUUUACCGUGUGGCUGCCCUUCUGUGGCCCCAACGUCAUAGACCACUUUAUGUGCGACUUGUACCCUCUGUUGCAACUUGUCUGCACGGACACGCACACCCUUGGUGUAUUUGUUGCUGCCAACAGCGGGCUCAUCUGCCUGUUGAACUUCCUCCUCUUGAUGGUGUCCUAUGUGGUCAUCUUGCGCUCCCUGAAGAACUAUAGCUUGGAGGGGAGGCGCAAAGCCCUCUCCACCUGUGUGUCUCACGUUACAGUCGUUGUUAUAUUCUUUGUGCCCUGCAUAUUUGUGUAUCUGCGCCCAGUGACCACUUUGCCAAUUGACAAAGCAGUGGCUGUCUUUUAUACCGUGGUGGCACCUAUGUUAAACCCUUUAAUCUACACCCUGAGAAACGCUGAGGUAAAGAGUGCAAUGUGGAAGCUCUGGAGCAGAAAGGUGACUUCAGCGAAUAGUUGACCAUGAUCAAUGAAUAUUACACAGAGAGGUAAUAGAUGUGAUGUCAUCUGAGUUUCUUGAGCUACAGGUGAAGACAUCAGCUGUAAGAAGGAUUUAUGUAGCAUUUUCAGAUAGCUAUUUAAGCACUGGAGUGUAA